ACAACAGUGGCAGAGGGCCCUGCAUUCCAUUACCAAUGCCACACACAAAAAUUAAAAAUUAAAAAUUAAAAAUAAAAAGGGAAAAAGGAAAAUGCCACACACCACUCUUUCAUUGGAUUCUGUUAAUGGGUGGGAUGGAAGUAGAGGAAAACCUGGAAUCUCUGAUUGAGAGAGCUUGGGCUUUGCAUGACAAGAUCAGUGAUGAAAUCUACAUCAGCUGUAUUGAAUUUCGAAAAUUUCAUCCCCAACAUGUCCCUUAUGGUGGAUUUGCGGAGAGCUCAUCUGCUGAGACAAAGAGCUUGACUGCUAUCAGGGAAGCAUUACAAGUGCUUGAGAAUAUGCUCUUGUGUUUGCAGAGAUUGCAAUCACAGCAGCGAACAGAGCGAGACACGGCUCUUAUGCGACUGGAAGAAAGCAGAUCAUCCCUCCUAGAAAGGAUAGCUGAACAUCAUGGAAGAACACUGGAUGUGAUUGAAGAUUUGCUAGCAUUUGUGAUGAACAAGAACACCAUUUGGGAUUCAAAAAACCCAAUCAAAGAGAAGACAAAUGUCACUCUCCAAGAUGGAUGCUCCAUUCAUGCAACGGAAAACCGAAUCGUGGCUUUUCUCAAGUCCUGUCUUCAGUUUUUAUCAUAUCCAUUGAAAUUGAAGAAAGCUGCUGGAAUGGCGGGAAGAUUGGCAGUGGUUGUGGCAGGCAUGGUUUCUGUCAUUCACUUAUAUCAGACUAGGCAACAUCAUAUGAUCAGAAGAAAGGAAACAAUGCAUCGAGUCAAAAGUUCUUAUGGAAGGCAUGAGCAUUCCCUCAUGAAAUCCACGGUGUUAGGACAAAUGGGUUUCAUUGAAAACACUCCAAACAGCCAUUUGGAUGUCUUCUAUGGGAGGGGGUGAAAUCUACCUUCAUAAAUUGGUCUAUAGAUUGGUCUGUGCAGUUGGGUUUCUUUGCUUCUACGGCUAUUUUCGAUUUGUCCAUGAGUGGAGAGCAAUCUGUACAGAAAUUGAGGCAACAGGCUGCAUUUAUCUCUAGUUUUGCAAAUUUUUCAAUGACCUGAGGCCUGAUUUACAACUUUCUGAGCUAAGGUUCGGGUUGAAUAGCGUGAAAUUUCAGUUGAAGAAACUGGCAUUGUCUCUCUAGCUUGAAAUUCCUCCAUCACAUGGAUUGAUUGGAUUGGUGUGAUGAGGAGUUGGUUUUGAUUUGAUAAAAUAGUGUAUAGGCCGUUUUUAGAUUCGUCUAUUGUAUUUAUGCAUUCCAUUGAUUUGGAUUGUUCAUUGAGA